AAAAACGUCAUUAAUACAGAAUACAGCAUAUGCUGCGUCCCCCUUGCGUCACGCACAUGACGUCGUCAUAGAGCAUGCGUAGUUGAGUCGGUCAGCUCAGCGCUUCCUAAACACAAAUUCAAACUCUUGCAGUCCUGCUCUGAGUGAUUGACAGCUGUCAGAAGCUGCUGACCUCAUGGCAUCAUCCUCUGAGGUGAACGUCCACAUGGAGGAAGUUGUGGUGGUCACGACCCCUGACAACGCAGGUCAGACUCUCUCAGAAGAGGAGAAGGACAUUCUGGUGGCGACAGAUCUCGAACAGGCUGGGAAAAACAUGGAGCAGUCCACGGAGUCGAGCACCAGCAUCUCCCUGCCCAAAGAGACUGUCUUGGAACGUUUUGAUGUGGAGGCUGAAAUUCUUUACCCAAUAACAUGUGGAGACAGCAAAGCCAACCUCGUAUGGAAGAAAUUUGUAUGUCCUGGCAUCAACAUCAAAUGUGUGCAGUUGAAUGAGCAUCUGAUCAGUCCAAAGGAGUUUGUGUAUCUGGCAGGCAAAUCCACACUGAAGGACUGGAAGAGAGCCAUCCGCCUCAAUGGGACCAUGUUAAGGAAGAUCAUGGAUUCAGGUGAGCUGGACUUUUACCAGCACUCCAGACUCUGUUCUAACACCUGCCGCAGUGCCAAGAUUGACCUGGUUGGGUCGCGAGCAUCUCUCAGCAGCCAGCAGUCCACAGAGACUGCCCCCGCAACCCCCGCUUCAGUGGACGUGAAUGGAUCCUCAGACACUAAUGAGGACUGCACAGAAUGGGUCACGGCUAUAGGAGAGGACACCAUGAUGUUCUGGAGAGGUUUGAAGAAUGCUGGGUUGUUGGAUGAAGUCAUGGAAGACCUGCAAACAGAAAUCCAGGAGAUCCUCAAGGGCCUGGAGGAACGUAUUCAUGAACCGCCACUGCAGGUUAAAGAUGCAGCUCUGCUCAACAAUAUUGUUCAGAACUUUGGGAUGUUGGACCUGGUGAAGAAAGUUCUUGCCAGUCACAAAAGCCAGAUGGACCGCUGCAGAGAGCAGUACACCCGCAGCUUAGUUGCACUAGAGCAACAGUGUGACGAACAUCGCAAGCACGCCAAAGAACUCAAGAGCAAAUCGCAACACCUCAACAACUUCUUGAUGACCUUGACCCCUGUGACCUCACCUCCGACUUCCAAGCGUCCUCGCAUGACCCGUGCCGUCUCAGGCCCCGCAACCGGGGCUGCCACGCCAGCACAACCCACCCACUUCACCCUUCCCAUCACUCAGCUCUCCGGCAUCCCAUUGGACAAAGUGAUGUCCGCCCAGGCGCAGUCUCCUCAGAUUGGUGGAUACACAGUGUUGACGUCACCGGGAGGGGCUGAACUCCAGUGCGAUGGGUCGAAUCUAAAGGUGCUGAGCACUGCCGCUGUAUCGGAAGGCACCACGGGACCCACUAUCGUCAAAGUGGUCAGUCCAUUUCAACUGGUCACUCUGCCAAAUGUUGGAGCUGGAGCCACAGUACAGAACCUGGCAGCACCAGCAGGAGGAGCUGCAGGCAACACUGUAGUUAUGGUGCCUGUUAGUACGGUUAGCACUGCUUCUGUGGAGACUGUUGGGCCACAGGCAGAACAGACUGCAGAGCGGAGUGAUGACCAGAAGGAGAAAGAGUAAAAUACUCUUGAAAAGUUUGGUUUUACCAAAUGUCAGUGUGUCACAUAAUUUGUAUACACAUAAUUUGUAUACACAAAAUGAAUUUUGUCGUUUGACAUUGAGACAGUGAGUAUUUUAACGUUUACGGAUUGACCCCAUUCACUUCCAUUGUAAGUGUGUUCAACAUGUAAGUAUUCAAGAUUAUGCCACAAAUGCAGUUAAUUGAGCUUAACUUGUAAUGAACCCAGAAUAUUCCUUUUAAUUUUGUCCUAAAAUUUUAUAUUUUCAAAUAUUUAUAUCACACUAUACAAAUUGACUUGUUUUUUUGUUUUUCAAUCUUUACAUGUCUUACAUAUUAGCUGUUUUGAAGGUACUUCGCUUCAAGGGCGUAGCAACCACGGGGGACCCGCACUCUUUAAAAAGGUGAUUUGGUCCCCCGCUCUUUUCCAAGCUAAACCCAUACCGAGUCCAAAUGGUGGAUUUGUAUGCAGUAUUCUUUGCGUUUUGUUACUUUGGGUUGAUUGAGCGACCAUCCAUCCAAUCACAGGUGCGUUUCAUGAGCCGAAACAACCCUUACGUAACAUGCCGUCAAUCAGAGAGUCUGAUCAACACAUUGCUUUCAACAAUGCUCAUUUAUCUCCAUUGAUGUUGAUCUAAAUGAAUAAUCUAUUGAUCUGCAUAUUGUUCAUGAUUGGCAGCAUUACGUGAAAUGCACUGCAGAAAAAAAAACAAAGGACAAUCGUUCUUUUAAACACUUUGUAAGUGGAGAUUAUAUCAGCACAUGAGGCUUCAUUAAGUUAUGCUUUUUACAUGAAGUUUUUGAAGUAAUAGUUUGAUCAGGUGUUUUUGCCCAUUUAAGCAGAUUAAUAGAUCUGUGUUAAAUAUGUAAAGCUACUUUUAAUAUCAGCUCCUGAUUUUUACAUCCAUGUUGGUGUGCAGUCGAUAAACUGUAGGAAAAAGAAAGAUCAUCUGUGCAUUUUACUGAAGUGAAUAUGUAGAUAUGGACGUUAUUGAAACUCAUAAUUAUUAUAAGACUAUUAUUAAUGUCACUAUUAUAAAAGUCAUGCACAGCAGUUCACAAACUGUUGGGAAAUGACAGAUUUGUUUUGUUCCUAUAAUGCUUAAACCUCUAUUAAAUUCUCUCUGUAGGUCUGUAGACAUACAAAUAUUAAAGGAUUCAAUUUUCUUUUGAUCGUUGAUUCAGUGACUAACUUAUUUCACACAAGACACUCAUUUGUCAUACUUCUGGCAUCACCAGAAAUGGUCACUGAAUCAUUAAAUGGAUAUGACAAAUUUUGGAGAAUGUUGUCAAAACACUCGAGCCACUUGGAUACAUUUAAAUCCCACAAUGCACAGAGUAAAAAAAUAAAAUGUGCACAUGCACAAUUGUCAUUAUUGUCAUUGUAACAUUAUUGUAAUAAUUUAUUCAGGACCAGCUUGUGCUCAGUCUUUUAUUGUCAUGUGUGAAACAGAAGCAAGUGCUCCACAAGAUGCCCUUUUGUUUUUUGCAGCUAAUUUUGCAAUUCAUUUGUAAUACUUGAAUCUUUAAAAUAUUACAAAUACACAUAUAUAAUGUAUUAAUAUAUACCAUUAAAUAUUACUACUGCACUGUAAGUGUUGUGUUUGUGCGAGCCACCUACUAACAGCUGUUUGUCCCAUGUGUGUACCA